CGCCCGCGCCCAGCCCGAGGCGCAGGGGCCGGGGGCUGGCAGCGGGGACCCCCCCCCGCCCCGGACCCCCCGCCCCAAGCCGCGGCCAUGUCCGGGGAAUCCGCGCUGCGGAGCCACGGGGGGGGCGGCGCGGAGCAGCAGCCGGGAAUGCCGGAGGGAAAGGAGGCAGCCCCCCCACCGAUGCCAGCCAAGGAGGAAGCUCGGCCACAACCCGAGGGGGCCAGCUGUGACCCCAGCCCCCCUACUGCUGCCCCCCCAACUGAAACCUGCAGACCACCACCUCCCCCUCCUCCUCCUCCUCAGAAAACAGACCCCCUGGACACCCGCAUCGUGAUGGGAGAGGAGACUCAGUCCCCUGCCCCCCACCCUGAACCCCGGGGGGGUCCCGCUGUGCCUUGUCCCUUCCCUGCUCCCACCAAAGACCCCACAAGCCACUCAGCAGCUGAGACCCCCACCGCGGGGAAACCCUCAGCUUCCAGCUUGGACCCCGACCUUUUCUUCACAGCCCCCUCCACCCCGGUUCGGUUAGGGGGAGGCUGCAGGGGUCUGGUAGCUCCCCAAGGUGAGGAUCAGACAGAUGGGGAGAGCGAAGGGCUCGGCUCGCCUCCGACCUCCCCCUCGGGCUCCUAUAUGACGGCCGAAGGGGGCAGCUGGGGGUCCUCGGGCACUGCCAGCACCUCCCCGUCCUGCUCCCCCAACCUGGUGGCCGAAGCCGAAGGUUUGGUGGAAGUCGAAACCAUGAUGGCGUUACCUGGCGGCUUGGAGGAGCCUCCUAUCUUCACCUCGCCGUCUCUCGAGGAGGAGGAUGGACCCUUCACCCCGCUGGAGGAUGAGGAGGAUGAUGAUGAUGAUGAUGCACAGACGCCAGAGGAAGAGGAGGAGUGGGAGGUAUCGGGAGUGGAGGAGCUGCCCGGUGCAGGUCUGAUCCCGGCGGCGCUGCUCCCGUUCUGUGGCAGCCUCCUCUUCCAGGCGGAGGCCGUGGAGAUCACCCCGCUGCCCCCCGGCACGGCCGCUCUGCCCCUCUCUGGUGAAGAGGAGGAUGAUGAGGAGGAGGAGGAAGAAGAAGAAGAAGGUGGCAGCACCUCAGCUUCCUUCCUCCGCUCGCUUUCGGAGACCUCCAUCACAGAGGGGGUGGACGAAUCCUUCGCCUUCCACGAUGACACCUCCGCCUCCUCCGACUCUGCCGCCUACGACGGCGAGGAGGACGAGCGGCUCUACGGCACCGAGCGCCACGCCGCGGGCACCGAGGCCGGGGCCACCGCCGGGCUCCCCAGCGCCCACACCGCUGCGGGUGGUGGCAUCGAGCUCCACCUUCAUGCCGGAGUGGCCCCAGCUGGCUCCGGCCCCCAGGAAGGGUCCCCGCGGCACCAGCACGGCCAGGGGACCACCGCGGGGGACCUCGGUGCUGAGCAGCUGGAGCAGGAGGGCAGCGAGACGCCUCCAGCGCCUUCUGGAGCAGCUGGUGUGGAGCCGGAUGGGGAAACCUUCCUCACCUCCACCUCUUCCUCCUCGGAGCUGGAGGAGGUCUCAACGCUGGAGGCUGAUGUCCCGCAGGAGCCAGCGGAGAUGCCAGGAGCUGAGGAGGAGCUGGUACUGAAGGAUGAUUCCAGGGCUGCAGCAGCAGGAGAAGGUCCCAGCGUGGAGCUGGUGGUGAGCAGCAGUGUCCUGCAGCCCCCCAGCCUCUGCUCCGGGGAGGCCAGGGACCCACAGACUGAUGGGCUCCAAGGGGAUAAUGUGGCACCAGCCAAUGGGGAGCACCAGGGUGGCCCUGGCAGUGAUGAUGGUGACCUCGAGCCUGGCACAGUGAGAGUGGAGAACAGCAAACAGGCAGCCUCUGACGGCCAUGAUGAGCAGGGCACUGUGGCCACCUCCCUGGUGCCAGCUGUGUUGCCCAAUCCACCAGAUGAGCUGGACACUGCAGCCACUGGCCAACUGCCACAGGUGACACCCAGCCUGCCAAAUGAGACAGACACUGUGGCCAUCAACCUGGUACCACCAGUGACACCAAGCCUGCUGGAUGAGGUGGACACCGCAGCCCCAAACAUGGUGCCAUUGCUGACACCCAGCCUGCCAGAUGAGCCAGACCCUGUGGCCACCAAUCCCAACCUGGGGACACCCAGCUCUCCAGACACCAUGGCCACCAACCUGGUGACACCCAGCUCUCCAGACACUGUGGCCACCAACCUGAUGCCACCAGUGAUGCCUAUCUUGCCAGAGGAGAUGAACAUUGUGGCCACCAAUCUGAUGCCAUCAGUGACACCUAGUUUGCUGGAUGAGGUGGAUGCCACAGCCAUGAACCUAGCACCACUGAUGACACUCGACUCGCUGGACACUGUGGCCACCAACCUGAUGCCAUCAGAGACACCCAGCCCACCAGACAGCCCAGCUACCAGCUUGGAUGCAUUGGAGCCACCCAGCCCAUUGGACAAGUUUGACACUGUGGCUACCAGCCCUGACCUGAUGCCAUCAGUAGCACCCAGCUCACCAGACACUGUGGCUACCGGCCCAGACCUGAUGCCAUCAGUGGUACCCAGCUCACCAGACACUGUGGCCACCAGCCCUGACCUGAUGCCAUCAGUGGUACCCAGCUCACCAGACACCGUGGCCACCAGCCCUGACCUGAUGCCAUCAGUGCUACCCAGCUCACCAGACACUGUGGCCACCAGCCCUGACCUGAUGCCAUCAGUGCUACCCAGCUCACCAGACACCGUGGCCACCAGCCCUGACCUGAUGCCAUCAGUGCUACCCAGCUCACCAGACACUGUGGCCACCAACUCUGACCUGAUACCAUUGAUGACUCCCAGCUCACCAGACACAGUGGCCACCAGCCCUGACCUGAUGCCACCAGUGUCACCCAGCCCACCAGACACUGUGGCCACUGGCACUAACACGAUGCCACCAGUGUCACCCAGCCCACCAGACACUGUGGCUACCGACCCUGACCUGAUGCCACUGCUGAUGCCAAGCCCACCAGACACUGUGGCCACCAACCCAGUUCCACUGGUGGCAUCCAGCCCACCAGAUGGACCAGACAUCGUGACCGCCAGCCUGGUGCCCUUGGUGGCACCCUGCCCACCAGAUGAACCAGACACUGCAGCCACCAAGCCCAGCCUGGCACCACUGGUGACAUCCAACCCGCCAGAUGGCACCAUGGCACCAUCCCCCUUGUCCCAGGAAGUGUCUGUGGAGGAGGUGGUGACUGGGAUGACUUUGGCCACUGAAACCCUAGAGCCACCAGCACCUGCCUGUCCCACCAUGGUGCAGGAGACCCUGGCACAGCCCCCAGGAGGCAUCGAGGAGUGGGAUGCCACCACCACCUCUGAGGAGUCCUCUCCGGAGCUGCUGGAGACCUCUCAUUCCCGUACUUACUCCAGCUUCUUCACCGCCCCCAAGGACAGCCCCACGGCGCCCCCCAGGCCCCCAUCUGCUGCUGAGGAGGAGGAAGAUGAGGGCGAUGCUACCACCGCUCCCCAUCGCCACCUGUCUGCCUCACCCCCCAGGUCCUCAUCUGCUGCUGAGGAGGAGGAAGAUGAGGGCGAUGCUACCACCGCUCCUCAUCGCCACCUGUCUGCCUCACCCCCCAGGCCCCUAUCUGCUGCUGAGGAGAAGGAGGAAGAUGAGGGCAAUGCUGCCACCACCACCGCUCCCCAUCACCCCCUGUCUGCCUCGCCCCCCAGGUCCUCAUCUGCUGCUGAGGAGGAGGAAGAUGAGGGCAAUGCUGCCACCACCACCACUCUCCAUUGCCACCUGUCUGCCUCGCCCCCCAGGCCCUCAUCUGUUGCUGAGGAGGAGGAUGAGGGCAAUGCUGCCACUACCGCUCCCCAUUGCUGCCUGCCUGCCUCGCCCCCCACCACUCCCCAGUCCCCCCAGUCCAUCUUCACAGCCUCAGAGCGGGAGGUGUACGUGGGGGUGCCCCCAGCCCCCCUGGAACUGCUCCAACCACCCGGUGCCUUUUUGGGGGGCGGGGGGCAGCAGGAGGAUCACCGGGAGGUCACAGCCAUGCUGAGGGGCUCUUUUGGGGACCUCCCUGCCCCCCGUCACCUCCCCAAAGCCCCCAAGCCCCUGCAGGUGCCGGCAGAGCCCCCACAAAGCUCCCAAAGCGAGAGGGGGGUGCGGGAGGAGCCCUCAACUCAGCCCUCUGGGGACACCCAAGCCAAAGUCCUGCCUCCUGCACCCCUCGAGGAGAAGGAGGUGGUGGAGGGGGCUUCAUCCAGCCCUCCACCUGCUCUGGGUGCUGGGGAGGUGGUGGAAGAUGCAGCUCCCCAAACCCACCCUGAGCCCCCCAGCCCCUCGUUGCCCCCCUGCUCCGUGCCCCUGAAACUCAGCCAAGUGCCUCCUCUUGCUGCUGCGCCAUCGUCACCAUCGUCCCCAUCACCGUGCCCGGCCCCAGGCCGUGCUCCUCAGGACACCUCAGGGCUCCCCGCCGGCGAGGUGCGGCCACCUGUCCUGCCAGCCUCCAGGAAGCACCUCGAAGCCCCCCAGCCCUCUCCACGGCAGGAGAAGGAUGCCCGCGGGCGGCAGGCGGCACCGGGCAGCGCCGGGGGCCGGGCACCCCCCCGCGGGUCCCUGCAGUCCGAAUCCAGCUCCUCCAGCGAGGGGGAUGCUGCAGACCCCUGCCCCCAGAUCCAGCAUCUGCACCAGGACAAGCAGCCCCCAGCCACACACCGCUGCCAGCCCAACCACAAAGGGUCCUGCAACGAGUCGGAGAGCAACGAUGAGUCCAUCCCGGAGCUGGAGGAACCUGAAGGCUCGGAGCCGCCUGCAGCCCAGAGCCAGGCGCAGCUCACCCACUCGCUGGGCACCGGGGAGGAGACUGUCAGCAAGGCCAAGCAGAGCCGCAGCGAGAAGAAGGCCAGGAAGGCCAUGUCCAAGCUGGGGCUGCGGCAGAUCCACGGCGUCACUCGCAUCACCAUCCGCAAGUCCAAGAACAUCCUCUUCGUCAUCACCAAGCCCGACGUCUUCAAGAGCCCUGCCUCCGACAUCUACAUCGUCUUCGGGGAAGCCAAGAUCGAGGACCUGUCCCAGCAAGUGCACAAGGCUGCGGCAGAGAAGUUCAAGGUGCCCAUGGAGCACUCCCCCUUGAUCACGGAGGCUGCCCCCACCCUCACCAUCAAGGAGGAGAGUGAGGAAGAGGAGGAGGUGGACGAGACGGGGCUGGAGGUGCGGGACAUCGAGCUGGUGAUGGCCCAGGCCAACGUCUCCCGCCCCAAGGCCGUGCGGGCGCUGAGGCACAACAACAACGACAUCGUCAACGCCAUCAUGGAGCUGACCAUGUAGCAGCCGGGGGUGUCCCGGUCCCCCCCCUGUAUAGAUGCACAGUUCCUGCCCUCACCUCAGCCUCCUCUCCUGACCCCUCCAGGUUCCUCCUCCGCAUCUGUAGCGCUCAAUAAAUGGCCUCAUGUAUCACUUGGAUGGCA